AUGGAAAAAACUGAGAAGCUGACGCCAGCUCAGUCCUUUCCUUUUCUGUGCCAUUCUCCAAGGAGCAGUCCAGAGCGCAGAGCGGUUUCUCUGAGAAAAUCUCUGUCCGUCUCUGAACUGGUUGCCAGGUACCAGAGCUUCCUGGAAAGUGAAAGCAGCAUGUCAAAGCAAGAACAUCCCAAGCUCAUGGAGAGAAGAUAUCUAUCACAGACUAAUGUCAGUCCAAUGGGGAAAAACCAUGCCUUAUCUCAAAGCCAUCCCAGUGAUAUGUGCUCGAGCAAGUCCAUGGAGGAUCUUCCGAUCCCUAACAUCAGUGCCCCAACAAGGAAUCUCAAAGGACUCCUGACCAGCUUUGACACUCCUAAAGCCACUCCACGGUGUAAGAGUUUACAUUUUGCUCCACUGAAGACACCAUCUCCCAAUGGCAUUUUGAGGAAGAGGGAGGCUGAUGCCAGAAUCAUAACAACAAUCCAACCCCUGAGCAUGGAGAUCAAACCCCAUAAAGACCCAUCCUUCCCUUCCUCUCUUCAGAGCAUCCAGAGGAAUGCACAAUGGAGUCCUGCCACCAUCAAAUGGAAGGAGUCUCCUGCAAAGGAAGGGAAGCUGUUCUGCGACAGGCAGGCGAUCAUCUCCUCGGUGCCGGAUACAGCCCAUGACUCAGCCACGGGCAGAAGCUAUGAGAGGACGCGGUCAUUUUUAGACACAUCAGACAACACUAGCCACAUACUUCACCAAGGACGAGGGAGGUCCUCUGCGCCCUCCGUGAAGGAGCUGUCGGCUCUCUAUCUCUCCCAGACAGCUGCUGCUGCUGCUCACGCCGGCAGCCCCACACAGCCGAGUACUGUGAAGGACAACUCCAUUCACUCUCCCCACAGACAGAAGAAAAGCAAGAUGUCAGAAGCUCAGAAAUCAUCUAAAGUUGCCAUCAAGAAAAUGGAAGACGACUUACCUCCCCCUCCUGCCCUUGGCUCAGUCCAGGUCAUCGCUCCAGGGAGCCAGGAUCUCAACCCACUCCCUGUGCCUCCUCCAAAGCAAGCCUUCUCCAAGUUCUACCAGCAGCGUCAAGUGAACGAGCUGAAGAGGCUCUACAGACACAUGCAUCCUGAGCUCAGGAAGAACUUGGAAGAAGCUGUGACUGAGGACCUGGCAGAAAUGCUUAAUACUGAAGAUCCCAAUGCACAGGCAUCUGUGAACCUGGACAAAGUUCUUCCAGGAGAGGUUCAGUCCAUGCGCUGGAUUUUUGAGAACUGGGCACUUGACUCCAUUGGGGACCAUCAAGCCACAAAGAAGCUGGCAGAAGAAGAGAUCAUUCCCGGUGGGGAUGUGAAAAAUACUUCCCUGAGGUUUGAAAGCCAGUCAAUCAAUGGGGACAGUCUGUCAACAUCAGCCAAGGUAUCAGACACAGACCUUGCCAGAGGGGAUGUGCAUACUGCCCGGUGGCUGUUUGAAACCCAACCACUAGACUCAUUAAACAAACUGUAUUCGGAUGAAACCGAAGUGCAGGAGGCAGUUCUCAAGGAGCCUGUCCAGGGAGGUGAUGUGAAAGGUGCCAAACAGCUCUUUGAAGCACAGUCCUUGGAUGCUAUAGGACGCUGCUGCUCAGUGGAGGAGAAGAGCAUCCUACAACUCAAGUCAGAAAUCCAGGAGCUAAAAGGCGAUGUUAAGAAGACUGUCAGGCUCUUCCAAACAGAGCCCCUCUGUGCCAUCAGAGACAAAACUGGGAACAUCCAUGAAAUCAAGUCCGUCUGCCGAGAAGAAAUUCAGAGCAAUGCAGUCAGAACGGCUCGCUGGCUGUUUGAGACUCAGCCCCUGGAUACCAUCAACAAGGACACUUCCAAAGUGCAAAUAAUCCGUGGGAUUUCAUUGGAAGAAAUUGGAAGGCCAGAUGUCAGUGGAGCAAGGUGGAUAUUUGAAACUCAGCCUCUGGAUGCCAUCAGAGAAAUCACAGUUGAAGAACAGGAUUUCAAGGCUUCAACAGAUUUUGUCACAGGGGCAGAUGUCAGUAAGCAGCGAAUGCUCUUUGAGACCCAGACUCUUGAUUCUCUGAAAGGAGAAGCUUCAGAAAGUGUUGUAGCCAAAGAGCAAGUCAUUGGAGGUGAUGUGAAAUCUACACUCUGGCUAUUCGAAACUCAGCCAAUGGAAACCCUGAAAGACAAUUUUGAGGUGGGACGUUUAAAAAAAGUAGAGCUUUCAGCAGAGGAGAAGGGAGACGUGAAGCAAAGAAAACAUGUCUUUGAGACCUGUCCCCUUGGCAGCAUCUCCAAGGCAUUUGAGGAAGAAAUUCCAGCCGCCAGCAUGGAAGAGGUAGUGAAAGGGGAUGUGAAGUCUUUCAAGACCCUGUUUGAGACUCUCCCCUUAGACAGCAUUAAGCAGGCUGAUGCUGAGCCCGUCAUCAAAGAAGAGGAGAAGAUUCCAGCUGGCAACGUCAAAGCCAACCAGAUCCUGUUUGAGACAACACCUUUGUAUGCCAUCAAGGAUAGUUUUGGCAAUUUCCAUGAAGUCACCUCUGUAAGCAGAGAGCAAAUCAUCAGUGGUGAUGUCAAGAACUACAAAUGGAUGUUUGAAACCAGGCCCCUGGACCAGUUUGAUGAAAGCACCAAAAAAGUGGACAUAAUACGGGGGAUCACAAAACAAGAGGUGGUGGCUGGUGAUGUCAGAACAGCCAAGUGGCUCUUUGAAACUCAGCCCAUGGACGUCAUUCAAUACCAAGCCAUGCAAGGUGAGGAGCGUCCCUCGGUGAAGCGGGAGAUCUCCCAGCGGGGGGAUGUGAAGACCUGCAGGUGGCUUUUUGAGACCCAGCCCAUCCACACCCUGUAUGAGAAGGCUGAAAAGAAGCAGGAGGAGGAUGGCAGUGUGCCCCAAGCUGAUGUGAAGUCAUACACAUGGAUGUUUGAGACUCAGCCCCUGGACUCCCUGAAAGGCCAGGAGGAGCAGUAUUUACAAGUCAGUAAGGCAUACAGUCAGGAGGAAUUACAGGGAGUUGAUGUCAAAACUGUCCGGCACCUAUUUGAGACCGAACCCUUGGGCAGCAGUGUUGUCAGUGAAGCUGACCGAAAAAAAACCAUGCGGUACUCCAGUCGUGUGGAGAUACAGUCUGGGGAAGUGUCCAGAGUGAAGGAGUUCUUUGAAGCUAAGCCCUUGGAUACAGCCACCAAACCAACAUCCCAGAAGGAUGAUGGGACAAUUGAAGCUGGAUCCGUGCACAAGUUCACUUGGCUCUUUGAGAACUACCCUAUGGACUCCCUGAAGGACUGCUCUGAGGGCAUCCAGGAAAUCCCUCCAGAGAAGGAUGUCAAGGGGGGAGAUGUUGGAGGCAAAAGGUUCGUAUUUGAGACCUAUUCCCUUGACCAAAUCCAUGACAAAGUGGAUGAGACAGAGCUCCAGAAGAUCCAGAAAGACACCAUGAGCAAAGCUAAUGUCAAGUCCUGCACAAUGCUCUUUGAAAGCCAACCCUUAUACGCUAUCCAGGACAAAGAGGGGGGAUACCAUGAGGUCACCUCAGUGCAGAAAGAAGAAAUCAUGAAAGGUGAUGUGAAAGGCGCCCGGUGGUUGUUUGAAACUAAACCCCUGGAUCAGAUCAAGAAGGAAGAAGAGGUGUUUGUGAUUAGGGCUGUCACCCAAGAGGACAUCAAGAAAGGAGAUGUCCAGUCUGCCCGGUGGAGGUUUGAGACAGAGCCUCUUGACUCCUUCUCAGGGGGAAAGAUGUCUGUGCCCAGAACAGUAGAUGAUGUGCAGAAGGGAGAUGUUCAGUUCAACAAGCAGCUCUUUGAGUCCCAGCAAGUGGGCCAGAAGAAGUAUGUGAGGAUGGUCAGUGUCAGUGAUGUUCAGCGGGGUGAUGUGAGGACAUCCACUUGGCUUUUUGAAAACCAGCCUGUGGACUCCCUAUACGGGGAUGCGGAGAGAAGCUCAUCUAUCAGUACCGUGCAGAGAGAGGACAGCCAGAAAGGGGAUGUAAAACGCUGCACCUGGUUGUUUGAAACCCAGCCAAUGGACACCCUUAAGGACCCAGAGGUGACAACCAGUGCUGGGGCCCAAGAAGCCAUCCCUCACGCAGAUGUGAAAAGUACAACGUGGCUCUUUGAGAGCACACCCUUGGACAAAUUUAGUGCUUCUGAAGGUAGUAUAGAAACAGAACUGAAAGAAAGGACCAUGAAGGAGACUUUAGAGACGCUCUGCACUUGCCAGGCUAUUCAGCUUGAUGGGAUCCUCAUUGAAGCCAAUGAUAUGGAGAGUGUGAAGAUGGUGAAGUACCAGCUCAGCAGCCCAGGUGCUCCAGAGAUCCUGAAAGAGGAGAUUGUGGGAGGCCAUUUGCAAAGGAUCAUGCUGCAGCUCCUGCACAGAACCAAUGUGGAAGCACAGAGCGUGCUGGUGGAGGAGGACAGAGAGGGCAAGAUCAAAGUAAGCCCAUUGCAGCUACUGGACCAGAGUGAAGCUGUUAAAGGCAAAGAGGACUUGAGCGGAAAUGUAGCUAAGGCUUUACAGGUUCUCCUCAGUCAAGAUGCUUCCAUCAAAAAGGGGAUGGUCUUACAAGAGACAAAGUCAGGAUCAGUGAAGAUGACUCUCUACUCCCUCCUGUUCCAUUCUGUCCAGCAGAAAGUUGUCAAGGGGGAUGUGAAGUCAACGAUAGGGAACCUGUUGGCUUCUUCUCAGGAGCAGAAAGCAACAGCAACUGUUAAGCGUGAGGACAAUGAGAAGGGAAAUGUCCAGCUUUUCGCGAGCUGCAUUGAGAAGGGAGAUCUAGACUAUCUGAAGAAUCUCCAGCAGGAGUCCGAGAUACAAUCCCUCAUCUCUUCCCAAGCAGAGCAGGGGGCAAAUGAGAGUGCCCCACGGGUUGUGCAGGGGGCUAAGAUACAUAUCUUACCAAAUAAAGAACAAAUAGAGAAAGUAAUUGCAGAGCCAGGGGCUAUGGAGGGAGCAAAAAAGGUAUUCGCAUGUGAAAGCACGGGCAAAGAGGGUGCAUUAGAGAGAGAGGCUGUGCAUGCAGCAGGUGUGACAGGCACCACUGUGCAAUGUCUUGGGAAGCCCCUGCCCACAGUGACGGGAAAGGAAGAAAUUCUGUCGGGAGGGCUUAAAGUGACUACAAAGUCAAUCCAAAGGGUUGCAGAUGUCAGCAAGAAGGCAGAGAAAGAAGAAUCCACCACUGCCAGUUUGAAGGAACCCAAAGCUAUGACACAAGGUAAAUUUCCAACUCAUGUGAUGGCUCAGAGGGGAGAAGUGGCUGGGAAACAGCAGAGUUUGGUGACUGGGGAAGCCAGCCAGAUGCAGCCAGAAGAAAAGGCCCUUGGCAGUGAUCUUCAGGCUGCAAUGCAAAGCCUGAGGCUAGCAACAGCAGAAGCAAAAAACAUUCAACACCAUGUCCAGAGCAAGCUACAGAGGAAUAGGGAGGAGGUCCACAUGGCCUGCAGGCAGCAGGCAGCCAGCACACAGGGGACAGUUACCCUUCAGUCAACCGUACGCCAACAAGACUCUGCAUCCACCACACAGGAGAGCACCAGCACUGCCAUCAGGACCACCACCACUAGAGCCCAGGAGGCAUCCAAGACCCACACAAGCGUGUCUCAGAAGAGCAUAGCAUCACACAAAAAGGUCAGUGCUUCAGAGGAAGUACAGGGAGGACAACUAUUGAGCCAGGAAAGCCAAGUUGUGCCUAGUAGAGAUUUUAGCAUUAAGGAUGGCCUUUAUACUGCCACACCCGUGAAAACCUAUAUAAACCCUUUUGUUGAGUCUGAUUACAAAGAGCAAUCAGUGCAAGAAGAAAGAGAUGUUAUUAUCAGAGGGGAUGUACAGACAGCUAUCAGAGCACUGCAAAGUGCCGCCACAGAACAGCGCCUGGUAGAAAAGGAGGAUGUUGUCCGAGGUAAUUUAAAAGCCACACUUCAGUCGCUGGAAAAGUCUAACGUUAAUGUCUCCAGAGGGGAUUUUAAAGCCGCUAUGAUAUACAGAAAUGCAGGGCAGUCCUAUUCUGUGUGUAAAAAGAAAAAUGAGACUCAAGUCGUUAGUAACGAGACUGCUGUAGUGGCUUCAGGGUCGCAGGCUGAUAAUGACUUUCCUCCUCCUCCUCCCUCAGUUGCUGUGAUGAAAGCAGAACAUUGCCCACCCUCAACUAAGGCAACAAGAGAAGGUGCCCUUCCACUACCAACCAGCAAAGAUGAAGCCCCAGGAUGUUCUGCACCACUCCAGACCCCUCUUCUUGCCCUCCCUUCUCUGUCCUGCAAACCCAGUGAUCAGAGUCCUGCAGAGAAGCCCAGGACUCCUCCAAAACCAGAAAUUACUGCCCCACCCCGGAAAAAACCUGUUCCCCCUCCAAAACCUGAGCACCUCUUACACGAGGCACAUUCUGCCUCUGCAAAUAACAGCACAAGCAGACCAACCAAACCCAUCCCUCCACCCCUGCCUCCAAAACCUCCAGGCCUGAGGGAGAUCAGCAAGCCAAAGCCUCCCCCCACGGAGCUGGGCUUAAGCUGCAUGGAAGUAUGUGAGCAAUCAGGCCAGGUUCAGGCAAAAUGCUGCACUUUGGAGACAUCUGUGAACAAGCCUGUCACGGGUCAGGGUAUGAGCCCUGAGAGAAAGCUGCCAAAAAACACUACCAAAACCCCUCUUCAAAUGGCAGAGGAAAGAUACAAGGCCAGCAAAGGAGGACAAGGAAAGGUGGAAUCAGGUAGUGCUAAGACUUCAAAGCCAAUAAAAAAUGGAGUGGUUAGUUUUGAAGUCGAGCAGGGUAUGAUGAGCGGGAAAGCAGCAGCUCCAAGGAGGUGCCCAGGUGAGGUGGUUCAGAGGUAUAUAGAGCUGUGCCAAGAUGAGAACGGGUGCUCUUCAGUAUCACAUCCAACCUGUCCUGGUAGAGCACAGACGCUUAAUGUGCCAGGGCAGACUGAGCCAAGCACCUCCCCUGUGGGCCACACCACUCCUCCAAAGAGAGAAAAUGACAUUGCACAAAACGCCUCGUCCAAGGUGGAAAGGGAAAGUGUGCCUAAUUCUUAUGGAUCGUGGGAUAGUCAGAGAGUCGUGCAGCAGGUGAAUGAGAGGAAGCAAAUGUGUCAUUCAAUGUCUUUCCAUCAGCAGCCAAUGAGCUCCUUUGAGGAGCAGCAGCAGGGCAACAGUGGGCAAUUGAAAUGUCCUGAUGGGGAGGCAGAGACACCUGCCCAGGAGAAGCCAGCAGUUGUUAUGAGAGAAAAAAACAAGAGAGAAACAGAAGAUGAGCGUCGGAAGAGGCUUUCAGUACACAAAGAGGAGAUCAUGAAAGGCAAUGUCAAAGAGGCUAUGGAGAUCUUUGAGAACCUCAGGAGACAGGAGGAGCUGCAAGAGAUCUUGACUCGGGUGAGGGAGUUUGAGGAGGAGACAACCAAAGUGGACGUGAAAGCUCUGAAGAGCUUCUUUGAGAAGGUUCCUGACUGGGUUGUUCGUCAGAAGGCCCACCAGGCCAAGCAACAGGACAGGGCUGAGACACUGGCAAAGGAGGACACUGACAGUGUCUCCUCAGUGGAGCUGGUUUUCGGGGACCUUGAACGAGCAAGUGCUGAGAUUAUCCACCUGAAGGAGCAGACACUUGCCCGGCUCCUCGACAUUGAGGAGGCCAUCAAGAAAGCUCUUUAUUCUGUCUCUAGUCUCAAGUCUGAGUCAGACAUCGCUGGGCUCUCAGGGCUGUUCAAGGAGUCUCUGGGGAGCACCCAAAGCUCUGUGAGCAGCAGCAAUAUCCGUAAAAUCAGUAUUGUCUCAAGCAAAGCCAAGCAGGAGGGAAUCACACAGGAGACAGGGGAAGCAGCAUCUGUGGAAGGUGCAAAGGUGGCAGAAAAGACCGAGGUAACCAAGGCAGAGCUAGAGGUCCCCCGCCUUGUUCAAUCUCGUGUCAGCUCUCCCUCCUCACCUUCCUACAUCUCCAUCGAGUCUGCUGCCAGAAAACCAGCAGAAUCACCCAGGACAACACACUCCCCCUGGGACGUCCCUUCACCAGACUGUCUUGACACUCCAGGAAAGAGGGAUGUUUUUGCUCAGGACAGCGUUAGCUCCUUUAACCAUCCAUCAGCAGGGCCUACUGGGCAUUACAUGACCCCCUUUGAGAAGAGACCAGAGCCCGUCCAAACAAAAAUUGGGCUGAGCUCAGUGAAACAGCACACCCUUGGCAAUGCCAACCAUCCGAUCAGUGAGAAAGACAGGUGCCCUCUGGACACCUCCAAAGGCAGCUGCCACUGUGGGAUGAAAGGAGGCUUUUCGGACUACUGCUCCCUGAAUGUCCCCAGCCCACAAAAUCCGCGGAGGCAGAAAAGCAUCUUGGAGCUGCAGACAGGGCCCGAUGGGUCCAAGCUCUAUGGAGCCACCCGGACUGUCAUGGAGCAGUAUGAGGAAAUGGACCAGUUUGGAAACAAAAUCAUCACUUCGUCCACCACAGUCACCAAGCAAUCUGAGACACAAACAUCUUCCACAUGUGAUGUGGUCUCUCAUCCCCAAUAUGAGGUAUCUGCCUCACCCGUGUUUCGGAGGUACUUGAAGAGCCCAGGCGAAGACUUUCGCACCAACGGCAGUUUUCAGGAGCCAGGAGUGGUCUUUGUCACCUUUGGCAACUCCAAGCCAAAGAAAUAGGAGAUUCUGGAGAGCAAGAGAGAACUGUAUAAGACAAAAAAAGAAAGUCCACAAUAAAAAAAUCUCCUGGUUUAUCCACAUUACACACAGAGAUUCAUCUACACCCUAAGAACUUCUCAGGGUCAUCGCCUUGGUGUUUGCAUACAGACAGGAAAAAUGCAGUCUGCCUUGACACUGGAGGAGAACAGCCCUCACCUAGCCAACCCAACAGACUUGGUGCUGCACCACAACCCAGAGCCCUGACACUGUUAGAAGCACAAGGGAAAAAUCCAUCCAUGGGCACCUUAGGGUAGCUUCUUCCCCCUAGAAUGUUUGAGGGGGGACGGGGGGGAUCGUAUCGGGCUUCUCUGAACUCAUGCAGAAGAAAGGAUAGGCAGGAUCAAUUAAAGAACCAACCAGCCUGGUCAUUGACAAACACCUUUAUGCUAUCUUCUUUUUCUAAUUUCAAUAUAGACUUUCCAAGAAGGGCAUCCUAAACACACAUAUAUACACAUGCUCAUAUUGCUGGUGAGUUGGAUAGGUUUUCUUUUAGCCAUUAACAAAAGAAAAGGAAAAAAAAUAUCUCAAAUUGCUGUCACUGUUGGGGUUGGGGGAGGUAGUUAUCAGUUUAUUUUUCAGUUCCUGGAAAGUACUCGAUGUUACUGAAAGUUGUCAAGCCAAGUCCUACAGCUAUUAUCAGUGCCAUUCCCCCAAAGAAAGAUGCUAUGAAAGAUUCUCUACUUGAUUCAGAAUGGUUACUGCUUUCCUUUCUUUAUUUUUAGAAUUGUAAUUUAUUAUUCAAUAUAUACAAAAAACUUAUUUUAGAUUUUCCAUGCUUUCAUACAUGUUUACUGUUUAAAUUCAUUUUGAGACUUUGUAAAGCAAUUUUCUUUUUAUUAUGACUUUGUUUUGUACAUUCUCAACUCAAGAUUUUAGAUAUUUUGUGGCUUUUUUUUUUAACUUCUAUUGCUGCGUUCUGAAGGUAAACAUUACCUCUAAAAAUA